CGGUACAUAAACACUUCACAUAAAUAGAGCAUCGAGGAUUUAUUUUUUGUAAAUUUCAACCAUGGACGCUAUUCUCAACGCAUUAUUUUCUUCCGAGGAGGAAGAACUGUACGUUUUGGAUUGUUUAUCAUACUUAAUGAUGUCCAUGGCUUCCGUAACUUUCCUGACUUUACUCUUUGUGAACGUGCCCUAUGGCAGAUAUGCGUCCAGCAAGUAUGGGUUUCCUGUUAAUGUCAAAUUCGCCUGGUUUGUUCAGGAACUGCCCGCUUUUCUUGUUCCUUUGAGUUUGGUGCUGUGGAGUUCCUGUGCAAAGAUAACGCACCUGCCCAACCAACUCCUUCUGCUCAUGUUCUUUUGCCAUUACAUGCAAAGGUCCCUCAUUUACCCAUUUUUAAUUCGAGGAGGGAAAUCAACACCAUUCAUCUCGUUUGCCCUGGCCUUUGUCUUCUGCAUCUACAAUGGCUACCUGCAGGCAAGAUACCUGAGCCACUAUGCAGAAUACUCGUCUGAUUGGGUUACACAUCCCUGUUUCAUAACAGGGUCUUGUAUGUGGUUCCUGGGAUGGACCAUUAACAUUCACUCUGACCAUAUACUCAGGAACCUCCGUAAGCCUGGAGAGACCGGCUAUAAAAUACCUAGAGGAGGCAUGUUUGAAUAUGUAUCAGGAGCAAACUUCUUGGGUGAGAUUGUAGAAUGGGCUGGAUUUGCUCUGGCUGGUCACUCAGUGCACAGUGCAGCUUUUGCCGUCUUCACAGUUGUUGUGCUGUCCAGUAGAGCAGUUGCUCACCACAAGUGGUAUCUGGCGAAAUUUGAAGACUAUCCAAAAUCAAGGAAAGUUUUAAUUCCAUUUGUGUUCUGAUGCUGUGGUGAGCCCAAUCACAACCCUUCCAUAGAAACAACACUUUUUGCCAUUUUAGGAUAUUACCUAUAAACAGUGUUCUUAGUGUGGAAUGUUUUAAGGGAAGUACUGUCAUAAUGUAUAGAGACGGGGAACAAAGACGAGCAUCACAUAAACUCCAUUUUACAAGACGAAUCAUUGUACUGCAUUUUACACCACACACAUUAAUGUUUUAACUUAAAAAGCAUAACUAGAAGAGAUAUAGGUUAAUGAAGGCGCUCGCGUGCACGCGUGCGUGUGUGAGCAGUGUUUCUCAACUGGUCUAUUCGGACUGGGUCACGGACAGCAGGGAAAGACCAAUGCCAUGGUUCCCUCAUUGAAGAUAUUUCGGCUGCCGCCCAAGUGAUCAACUAUUUAGGACUGCCGAGGCAGAUGUAAUGAUAAUCUCGCAAACAGCUAAAGACUUCUCAUCUGCACUUUCGCAUGAGUAUAACGAUCUCGCUAAUGAUCUGCUCUUCUCUCUGGCGCGCGCGUUCAACAACUGGCCUUGCCUCGAUAUUGCGGAGCGCAGACAUCAAUUAAAUUUACAAAUUAAAUUCUAGUGAGACUUUUCUAGUUUAAAGUGUUACGGAGAUUGUCAAUUCGAACCUCUCAAACAGUAGCAGCCCUGACAUGCCAAACAGCACUGAGGAGGAAAAGAGCAACACUGUGCUCUGCACCAAAAAAUAAAUAAAUAAAAAAUUACACACCAUCACCUUUACAAAUUUGUUUCAGGAUUUUACAUAAGUAAAAGUACAAGUUAUAUUUUGACAAAAUGUUUCAGUUUCAUAUGAAAUAAUCUAAAGGUAGAAUCUAUUAGACCUAAUUUUAUAUCAACAGUGGCAGUUGUAGUUAAAGUUUCAAGAUGUGUUUCAGCUGGAAUUUCUUUUUCAUAAAUGCAUUAAUUUAUUAUUAUUAUUAUUACUAUUAUUUAAGACUAGCACACUGACAUAACCAUGAUAAUGAGGAGCCUUUACUUCUGUGUAAUAUAUGUAAUAUUAGGUAACAAACAGGAUAAUAAUGGGCUCAUAUAAGUAAAUAUGCUCUUCAAUUUUUAAAGGGGGGAGAGAAAACUUCCUGUAGAUUUUGACAUCAUCAACAAAAAUAAUGUAACUUGAUGCAUGUCCUUGUACUGGAAAUCCAUGAACAAAACUAUGCAACAUAAAAGGAAAUGCAACCCAGGAUGCAUUAAAUACAGGUUAUGUUUAAUCUAUGGCUGGUCAACACUUUGAUUUCCUGAAGCAAAACCAGUUGAGAAGCACUGAGUUAAAGUUACAGACAGGAGCAGUCUGGCCUUGUCGCGCACCUACAGUAUAUGUCAACUGUUAAUAAUCACAGGACAUUACUUUAAAAGCUCACACAACUGAUGUUAUUUUUCAUUUAGUAGUUAAUUUAACAUGUAAACUAACAUGCUUUAGUUAUAUAACAUGUUAUAGUUACAUGCUAUUUUUAUCAUGUUUAUAAUUCGGUUUAUUAUUAUAAUUCUGUUAGUUUUCUUAUUCUAUUUAUUUUAUUUUCAAAAGGGAGACUUGUUUUUACACUUCAAUAAAAUAAAUGAUUUCAAGUUUCAAUUAUAAUAAAGUGUUUGCUCAAAAAUAAAUAAAUAAAUAAAUAAACCCUUCUGUUCUCACUAUUAAUAGUAAUUGUGUAAUAACGUAUACUGUGAAACCGUGAUAUUUUCUGAGACUGUUAUCAUACCGUGAAAAUGUCAUACCGUUGCAACCCUAGCUGGCUCAUAUCGCAACCAUGUACUGCAGGUGUGUUGACAUCAGCACAACCAUUUAUGAUCCUUAUACACAGAUUUGAUCCUAAAUGUUCUGCCCAAAUUUUCCCUUCUGUCAUCUUUAAUUAAAAAAAAAAAAUUAUAAUAAUUAUAAUCCUGUUCACAUGUGGUUUUAAGUAAAUUACUUGUUUUAAAUGUUAUCUGGUUCUGAUUAAAAAAUGCACAACUAAAAUUGUAAGAAGUAACCUAAUGUUUUAGAUAAACCCCCCAUGUAAUUUAUAUGUAUAUAAUUUACUAUGUAAUGCAUAAAACAUUUACUGUAAUUUUGUCUUAUCACACGACACAACGCAGAACUUCUGAAGUUUUCAAAGAACUUUCAGGCAGCAGAUGGUAUAGGGUCAGCACAGGAACCUGUCAAAAUAAAAGAGAAUAAAGAACUGCAUACCAUGCCUUAAAAGGACAGCUGCAUUUAUUUAUGUGUAAAAUGCCUGAGUCAGAUUUGUGUAUACAGUAUAAAUCUCUGUAAGAUACAUAUGUUACAACAGGCCUUUCGAAUAACUUGCUAAUUCAACACUACAGUGUUGCAUUCCAUUUUGAUAUCUUGCUUUUCUUCAGUGGAUAUAAAACAAAAUUAUAAUUUCAGAGACUUGUGCAGUAUAUACCUCAGUCUCAAUUACCUGCUGCUGUUUUUACAUAUAUGUUUUGUCCGUAACAUUAUUUACAGCUAGGAAAGUGGUUUGGGAUCAUUUAUCUGUGGAAAGGGGAAUGUCAUAUGAAUUGUUUUCAAUCAGUUCUACUUGUCUCUGUCU